CCCUCACAGUCUCACCGCAGGAGGCACACAUAAGAGACAUGGGAGUUUUGCUUUUGUUUUUCAGAGGAAGUUUCUCUGCAGAGAAGUGAAGAUUUGGCCGGGAGCUCAGCCUGGAUCCCUCCUGGCCUGGGUAUCUGCCAAUCUCCGCUAUGACUUCUUGGAAUCCGUCUUCUCGCUCUGGUGCCACCCCGGGGACAGGGAAACAAAAUGGGCAGCAGGGGCCGGGGGCUCAGCGGGAGCAGGGGCGCCCGGUGCAGCUGGUUCAUCUGGACGAGGAAGGGGGCCUGAUCCUGGACGAGGAGGCCCUGAGCCGCUGCCUGGAGCAGGGUGGGGUGGGGGACGCCCCCGUCUGCCUGGUGUCCAUCAUCGGGGAGCAGCGCCGGGGCAAAUCCUUCCUGAUGAACUGCCUGCUGCGCCGGCUCCAGCGCCCGGAGGCUGUGGAUGCUUCAUGGAUGGGCCGAGAGGACGAGGCCCUGGGAGGAUUUAAGUGUUGCAAUGGGAGGGAGACCGUGACGAAGGGCGUGUGGAUGUGGGACCAGCCCUUCUGGGUCCAGGCCCAGGGGAGGAAGGUGGCCGUGUUCCUGGUGGACACCGAGGGCUCCCUGGACCUGGAGCGCCGCAUGGAGACCAGCAUCAAGCUCUCCGUGUUCAGCAUAUUGCUCAGCUCCUACUGGAUCUUUAACAUUUCCAGCACGUUUACGCGGACGGAGACAGAUUAUUUGGAGAUGUUCAUUCAGGUUGCGAAGGAGGUUGGAGGGACCUGCAAUCUACCCCCAAUCCAGCGCCUGGACCUGUUGGUGCGAGAUUGGAGCCUCUCUGAACCCUACGGCGCGGACGGGGGGAAGGAGUGUCUCAAAGACAUCACACAGAAAUUGGAGGCCUCUGCUAAGCAGCCCCUGGUGUUGGGAGUCCUGAAGGCGAGCAGCACCUGGUGCUACCUACUGCCCCAACCUGGCAUAGAGUUCACCAGGAAGAGGGCAGGGACGCCAGGCGACAUGGACAAGUAUUUCCGACAGAACCUGUGCGAGUACAUCAGCACUGUGGUGCGCUCAGCAGGGACACACGUCCGGACAGACCGAGCCGGGCAGGUGCUGACAGGGGCUCAGCUGGCUGCCAGGAUCAAGGACGUCUCCCGAUACUUGAAGACCCAACGUUAUGACUUCUCCUCCCCUGUGAAGAUGGCUGAGGCGUUUGCAGCCAUGAGAGAGGAGAUAAACAGCAGAGCAGUAGAAGCCACUAGACAGGAAUAUGAACAAUUUGUGCAGCAGCUGGACCGUGACCACCAGAGCAUGAGCAGCUGCCUGAGGGUGAAGCCUGCGGAGAUGCAGCGAUGCCUGGAGGGGAAACGCCAGGAGCUGCUGGAGCGCUGCCGGGGGGAGCUGCGGGGCGAGGACCCCCAGAAACAGGCUCCCCUGAAGAAGCUGGAGCAGGGGCUGGACAGGCUGAUGGCCCAGUUCCUAACGACCUACAGAGAGCGCUUUAAAAUGGCUGAGAUGGCAGAGAUGAGAGAGAAGGCAAACAGAAAAGCAGUAGAAGCCGCCAGGCAGGAAUAUGAACAAUUUGUGCAGGAUCUGGACCGUGACCACCAGAGCAUGAGCAGCUGCCUGAGUGUGAAGCCUGCGGAGAUGCAGCGACGCCUGGAGGGGAAACGCCAGGAGCUGCUGGAGCGCUGCCGGGGGGAGCUGCGGGGCGAGGACCCCCAGAAACAGGCGGCCCUGGAGGAGCUGAAGCAGGAACUGGACAAGCAGAUGAACACGUUCCUGCAGGACUACAAGCUGCGCUUUAAAAUGGCCGAGAUGGCAGUGAUGAUAGAGGAGGAAAAGAGCAGAGCAGUAGAAGCCGCCAGGAGAGAAUAUGAACAAUUUGUGCAGCAGCUGGACCGUGACCACCAGAGCAUGAGCAGCUGCCUGAGGGUGAAGCCUGCGGAGAUGCAGCGACGCCUGGAGGGGAAACGCCAGGAGCUGCUGGAGCGCUGCCGGGGGGAGCUGCGGGGCGAGGACCUCCAGAAACAGGCUCCCCUGAAGAAGCUGGAGCAGGAGCUGGACAGGCUGAUGGCCCAGUUCCUAACGACCUACAGAGAGCGCUUUAAAAUGGCUGAGACGUUUGUAGCGAUGAGACAGGAGGAAAACAGGAGAGCAGUAGAAGCCGCCAGGCAGGAAUAUGAACAAUUUGUGCAGGAGCUGGACCAUGACCACCAGAGCAUGUACAGCUGCCUGAGUGUGAAGCCUGCAGAGAUGAAGCAACACCUGGAGGGGAAACGCUGGACGCUUUUGGAGCGCUGCCGGGGGGAGCUGCAGGGCGAGGACCCCCAGAAACAGGCGGCCCUGGAGGAGCUGAAGCAGGAGCUGGACAAGCAGAUGAACCCGUUCCUGCCGGCCUACGAGCUGCGCUUUAAAGUGGCCGAGACAGAGGCAAACAGAAAAGCAGUAGAAGAUGUCAAGAUGGAAUAUGAACAAUUUGUGCAGGAGCAGGAUCAUGACCACCAGAGCAUGAACAGCUGCCUGAGUGUGGAGCCUGCGGAGAUGCAGCAACGCCUGGAGAGGAAACGCCAGGAGCUGCUGAAGCGAUGCCAGAAGGAGCUGCGGGGCGAGGACCCCCAGAAACAGGUGGCCCUGGAGGAGCUGGAGCAGGAGCUGGACUGGCUGAUGGACCAGUUCCUAACGACCUACAGAGAGCGCUUUAAAGUGAUGACGUACAAAUGGUGGGCCAUGCGCAUUGCGGAGACCGCCUUGAUACUGGCGGUCAGGAGAGGUGUAUUUCGAUAGAUAGAUAGAUAGGUUUAUAGGAAAAAUGUAAACAACUUACCAUAGGUAGCUAGAUUUCAAAAGGACACAGACUGACUGAUUUACAGCUGGGUCACCAAGAUCAGAAUCCUGCCCUGACCCCAUCGGUGUCAGUCAAUAAAUAACCCUGCCCUGGAUCCUGUGUCCCAAGCUGCCCCCUCCAUCCCUCCGUCUCAAGUUUCAUUGUUUUUCAUUUUCAGUAAAUGUGAGAAAAAUUUAUUUUCAUAUUUUGAGUUUGGUUGGGGUUUUUUUUUUUUUUUUUUACAUUUUCUCCCCACCUAAAAAAAUGUGUGUGGAGGGGACAAUUUUGGGGUUUUUUCCCCUGCUGAUUUGAAAUUGGUGAGGGAGGUUAGAAAACCCCAAAAUCCUAUUUUUCAGUUUAUUCUCCCAAUGAAAGCCAAAUUUUCCCACCAAAAAGUCACUU